GCCGUCAAAAUAGGAAAACUAAAACUACAGCCAAGGAGACUACAGCCUCUCGGCGCCCACGGUCCCUGAAUCACCAUUAUUUUGCGCGAAUUAAGACACAGCAGCUCGCAAAACAACAUACAAAUCCAUUUACCUGAGACGAUAUUACCCUGAGCCAUUUUCUCUGCUGUGGAGCGGCCGGAAAAAUGCUGUUUUUAGCUCUUGCGGUUGUUUCUGCGUUCACGAGUGCGGCUGCACUCUACCCAUCGUCCUCCGACGUCGUCGAACUCACACCGUCGAAUUUUGACAAGUUGGUCACUCAGAGCGAUGACGUUUGGGUUGUUGAAUUUUUUGCCCCGUGGUGUGGCCACUGCAAGUCGCUCGUUCCGGAGUAUUCGAAGGCAGCCAAAGCCCUAAAGGGAGUGGUAAAGGUUGGUGCUGUCGAUGCCGAUGAACACAAGACCCUGGGCUCAAGGUUCGGAGUCUCCGGCUUCCCAACGAUAAAAAUCUUCGGAAGCAACAAAAAUAAGCCCGAGGACUUCCGCAGCUCUCGAACCGCUCAAGGUAUCGUGGACGCCGCCUUCAAAACCCUCCGGGACAAUGUUGAUGACCGUCUUGGUGGCAAAAGGUCAGGUGGAGGCAGCAGCGGCGGAUCGGGUGAUUCAAAUGACGUGGUCGAACUGACCGACAGCAAUUUUGCUUCCAAAGUUCUCGACUCGGACGACCUUUGGCUGGUCGAGUUUUACGCACCCUGGUGUGGCCACUGCAAAAAUCUUGCUCCUCACUGGGCCAAGGCUGCUACCGAAUUAAAAGGAAAAGUUAAGGUUGGUGCUUUGGAUGCAACGGUUCACACUUCGAUGGCCAGCAGAUACGGUGUCCAGGGAUAUCCCACUAUUAAAAUAUUCAAUGCUGGAAAGAAGGACAGCUCGUCUGUCGAAGACUACAACGGAGGCCGCACUGCUAGUGACAUUGUCAACUAUGCCAUUGACAAACUGGCUGAAAACAUUCCUGCUCCUGAAAUUAAUGAGCUUACUUCAGACGAAGGUUUGAAGGAGGCCUGUGGAGAGCACCCUCUUUGUGUAAUUUCUGUUCUGCCGCACAUUCUUGAUUGUCAGUCCGAGUGCCGAAACGAUUAUCUGAAGAUGCUCAAGGAAAUGGGAGAAAAGUACAAGAAGAAGAUGUGGGGAUGGAUUUGGGCCGAGGCCGGAAAGCAGCCCGCCCUUGAGGAGGUGCUCGAGAUCGGCGGUUUUGGCUACCCUGCUAUGGCAGUUGUGAAUUCAAAGAAGAUGAAGUUCUCCAUCAUGAGAGGCUCCUUCAGCAGAGACGGCAUCAACGAGUUCCUCCGCGAUCUGAGUUACGGCCGCGGCUCCACUGCUCCAGUCAGGGGAGCCGAGUUGCCCAAAAUUGAAAAGUCCGAAGCGUGGGACGGCAAGGACGGCGCCCUUCCGGUCGAGGAUGACAUCGACCUGUCCGACGUCAGCCUGGACGACAAGGACGAGCUGUAAACUCAAAGACUUGAGCAAGAGACUGCCUGAAAAAGUGCUCGAGAGAAUGUUGAAUGCGUGGAAAAUCUCAUCUCCAUGUGUAUGAAAAUAUUUGUAAAAAAUUUAACACCCUCAAGUUCUGGUUUAGUACGGGAGUGGUUCCAAGUGGGCGUUUUGUCACAAAUGUCACAAUUGUGUGUUAAAAUGAGUAUUGAUUGAUUAAUUAUACAAUUAUAUACUUGCAAAACUUUUUAUAUUUUGUCGGGUAUAAAAAUUACAAUAGAUAAUUUCCUGUGCUGAUA